AUGUCUGAUUUUGCUCUUCUUGAAUCUGUUCGGCGGCAGUUGCUGGACGACUUUGAUGCUCCCCCGGUUUUCUGCCGUAGAGGAAGCUUGGGUGAAUCCGGGUGGUUGUCGUCGGUGGAUGAGACACCCACUGUGGCGGUAGAAAUGGGUUUCUAUGAGUUUCCGGUGAUUUUGGAUUUCACGGCGGUGUCUCCUCCUCCUCCACCACCACCAGCAGUUAAGAGGAAUUACAGGGGUGUGAGGAGACGGCCUUGGGGCAAGUUCGCGGCGGAGAUAAGGGACCCAGCAAAGAACGGGGCCCGCGUGUGGCUGGGGACGUAUGAGACGGCGGAGGAUGCGGCGCUGGCAUACGACAGGGAGGCGUUCCGCAUGCGCGGGGCACGUGCCUUGCUCAAUUUCCCGCAUAGGAUCAACUCAGGUGAAGCGGAGCCAGUUAGAAUCACAACCAAUAAGAGAUCUGCUUCAACGGAUUGCUCCUCCUCCUCCUCCACAACAUCGGAAAAUGUCUCAUACUCUCAUCUAAGAGGUGGAAGAAGACUGCUUAAGCAUCAGUAG